UUGGGUUUGGGUUAAAAGCUUUCUGGACUGGUUUGGACUUGUUGGAGCGUUUGGGUCACCAUUUCGGCACCGCCAUGCGCCAUGCAGCUUUUCAGCCUUCGGCCACCGCAGGGCUGCGCUUUGGCCGGCGCGCUGCAACCCAUCGGAGCCAAUAGCAUUUGGUCCGUGAACCAGUCGGCCGAUCUCUUGUACGACCGCCUCCUUCAGGUGUGGUCCUUGUCAUUUGGGGAGAUCAAAGAAUGAUCACUCAGAAGUGGAAGUGUUUUUGGGCUGUAGACAUAUUCAGCUUCAGGAAUCAACCCAGGAUCGGCGCCAGCCGAUGCUAGCCGCUAGCUAGUUUCAGAAAAGUGGAUCGAGCCUUUGCCGCAUCCAAGAGGCGUUCCUUUUUGGUGGGUAUCAGUAGCUUGGGAGGCGUUUGCUUCGUCAUGUUUGGAAGUUUGAAGAUCUGUUUGAUCAGGACGCAGGACGCAGGUCCAGCUGGCAGCACCUGCCCGGUAAGCUGUGAACACCUGCCUUUUUUAUUCAUCCGAGGAUGAACCAGUUCGAGACCGAUGCGAUGGUUGAAGUGAUUUUGGCGAAGCUCCAGGGAUGUUGGAAUUUGAGCUCCAGGGAUGUUCUUAAAGAAUUGGAUUGGGCGUUGGGACCUUGAUGGCUAAGCACAGAUGGCUCUCAAGGUCCCAACAGACCUGCCCAGGUGGGGAGUGAAAACCACACCGGAGUUGCCUGGGAUGUCCUCCAUCAAAGAGGACUCAAUGUGGUGCGGGGAGAAUCUCUCAAGGUCUAGUUUGAUACAUGAGGAAUCAUGAGGACAGGGAUGGACCUCAGGCUUCACAUUGGUUUCACUAAGCCACACCAAAAUCAUCUCUUGUAUUUGGGGAACUACGAAGCGACCAUCUAUAAUUUCAGUCUCCACUGCACCCCUAAAGCCGCUUGGUUGAAUUCUUCACCACAAGAAACAUGGGGAUUCUCCAUGCACGCGGCCAGCACUGUUUGCCUCAAAACAGCAGCCCCACCCACACCGUCUGGAGGCCCACGCCGUCUGCAUCUCUCCAGGCGGGUCUUUCUAUGGACUUCGUGGCACCCGUGUCCGAGCUCGAGCGUUUUAUUCAGGGCUGGGACUUCGAUUUGGAUGACCCUCUGACCUUGGCGCGCUUCUUGCUCGGCAAUCCGGCGAGCGUGGAAGAGGCAAAGCUUCGCCUGGAGGAGUGCCGAGCAUGGCGUCCACAGGUGGACUUGCCCCGCUUGAUGCAACGCUGGGGCUACUGGACCACCGCAGAAAAACCGCCGCCGCACUGGGUGUGGCAGCCCCAGACGCCACGCGCCGCGGCAGUGGCACCAUACUUCUUUGGCCGUUGCUGUCCAGAACUUCGCACUCAGAGUGGUGGCCCUGUGUUAGUGCUUCGCUUGGGUGCCUUCGACUUAGAAGGCGCCUUGCGAGAGAACUUGGUCGAGGAACUCAUGGAGCCGUGGAUCUUCAUGGUGGAGCAGACCUUCCAACUUUGUCGAGAAGUCGCUUUUGAGAAGAAGCGCCUGGUCAAGCUCGCAUGCAUCGUUGAUAUCGAGGGUGUGUCCUUCACAUGGCUUCAGCAUCUCUCAGUCUUGCAGCAGUUUGCCAAAGCCAUCAAUCGCCACUACCCCGAGAUGGCGCAGACCUUGACGGUGAUUCGAGCGCCGCACAUCUUUACCUGGCUCUGGGAGGUGGCCGCACCUUUGUUGUUGGAGGAGAUGACGCUGAAGAAGGUCGCCAUCUUGGGGCAUGAUUUCCGCGAGGGCUUGGCGGCACACGCCGGUGUGGCGGCUGCGGAGCUACCGAGCUUCCUGGGUGGUGGUGGUGAGGAGGUGCCGCGACCGGAACUGGUUCCACCAGGAGUUGGUGCCCGAUUGCCCUCCAGGUUGCACUACGAGACGACCGGAGCGCCGGCGAACUCGCCGGAGCCAAAGGAUCCGAAGGCCAGCAAGCAGACCUGCAGGCCUUUGUCACAGAGACUUUUGCUUUUCACCUGCUGGCCUUGUCGAUAAUUACAAGGAAUAAAUAUA